UUAACCGCAUGUCAUCACAACUGAAAGAAGAGUCAUUCAUUUCUGUGUCACUUCUACAGUUUUAUCCAGACGGCAGCGCUGUCGACAUCCUGAACCCCAACAGACAAAGCCUAAAACCAGUCAGUCACCCAGUUCUUGGAAGACUAACAGGAGGUAUAAGCGAGGUGUGUGUGAGCUCAACAGAAGAAGCCUAUGCUGUGUAUGAAACACACAGACAGACACUGAAGGCCAGUCCAGGCUCUAUUUCCAGCAGAUGUAGUUUCCUGUUCUCAGUAUCCGUGGAGUGGAAACUCCAUCCAGAGGAGGAGGAGUCUGAAGUUUGCCGCAGCAGACUGCAGCUGUUCAUCCUGGCAGGAGGAGCCAGCAGGACCGACCUCAGAGGAGUCAGCCCACUGGUGAAGAUUUUGGAUCAAAUCCCUUGUGAAGCCACAACCGAUGACAAACUCCUCCCUUUCCUGUUAAAAGAUACUUUGACAGGAAAUAGCAGGACCGUCCUCAUCUACUGUAUCCAUCCUCAAGGUUUUCUAGACAAUGAGACCCCAUCUGCUUUAGUUUUGGCCCAGAAAGUGAGAAGUUUAGUAACAAAGCUGACAGUUGUUCGCUGGCGUCCACAAGCAACUGAACAAGAGAUUCGAGAAAAAAUCAUGGCCCUGAGAACCAAGAUGAUGUCAGAGGGGGAGAAUGAAAUUCACAACACCUACAAGCUCGCAGAGUUGAUUCAAGACCUACAGGUUGUGAAAAAUCAGUCAUGGGAGAAGAGGCGAGAAGAGUCCAACAAGAUGAAAAUUAAAACAAAGGAUUAUCAGUUGGAAAAUAAUAGUGAGCAAAUGGAGAUACCAGACACAGUGAAACAUUUACAGGAGCAGCUGAGGAAAGAGAUGGAAGAACACAUCACAGACGGUAAAGGAGACAUGAGGACAAUCCAGGAACGGGUAGGACGAAUCCAGCAACUGAGGGACGCUCUCAGAGAUGAGACAGUGAAACACGGCGCCGCUACAGAUAAAGCUGAUAUUAGUCAACAAUCUCAGCUGGAAUACAACAAAGCACAAGAGCGGAGGAGGCAACUACAGGAGGAUCAUGGGAGAUUAAUUCAGGAGGAGGUGGAAAAGAUGGAGAGAGAAUUGGCACAAGAACAGCUACCGACAGAGGGCCCCCAGAGAGAGCUGCUGGUGCUGACCAAAGAGAGGCAGGUCCUGGUGCUGCAGAUAGAAGCCCUGCGCGCUGAGGCCCAGCAGGCGGAGAGAGACCUGCACGAUCAAUACCACAGACACCAGGCCGAGCUGCACUGUCUGAGGGAAGACAGUCUCCAGGUGUUCAGAGUGUUUCGUGAGGUGAGUGAGGAGCAGAGGAAAGUGUCGGAAAGCAGAUACAGGAGUGUGCUGCUGGAGGCUGUGCAGGAUGCCGUUUACUUGUCUGCUCAGAACCAGCAGCUGCAGGCUGACAACAAACAACUCUGUAAAGCUCUGGGAGAGUUAAAGGACGCUCUAGCUGUGAGGAGUGAUCGUAAAGCUGAACCAUUAACUCAAUAAUGACUCAAAUGAAUGGAUCAAUGGGAAUCUGUAAAUCAUGAAGGCAAAGCAGGGUUUCACAGUUUAUUAUCAUAUUAACACACCAUUUGUAUUUUAUCUUUGAGACUGUUUUUGGCAGAGGAUGGGAUACAAAAACCAAAUCAACAAGAUGAAUACAGCAGCUCUCUUCUGAAAUGUCAAGACUCACACUAUAAUGUGAAUUUACUUACAACAUAAACAUCAGUUAAAUUAAACCUUAAAUAUGAUGAAAAUUCUUACAUUUUUCCAUCAUCUGACUAAUUUAUUUGUCCUGUGGUUAUAAAACAAAUGUGCCUGGGUGAAAAAUCAGUCAAGUUUCCAAACAGAAGAAAGGCUGCAAGUUAAAAGGCAAAGAAGUUGCAUG